AGCACCCUACUUCACUUUACUAUUAUAAUAACUAAACUCUUCACCUUUUCAAAAAGAAAAAUCUUAAAAAAACAUUACCUCAGAUCCCAGAUGCGAUUGUUUUUUGACCUAGAAUUCUCGAUUCUCUUUAAAGAUUUCACCUAUUUUUCCUUGAUUCGAAGGGAGUCCCCGCGAUGAAGCCACUAAAAGACAUCUGGAGCGAACUUUCCCAGCCUCUCCCCGCGGGGUUGUUAGGCGCCGAGCACAACAGACCCUCCACCAUCGUAUCUAAGAAGGAGGUAUAUGAGCUGAGCUAUAUCCUCCAGAUGUCCGAAUUCACGCACCUGGCCGAGGGUCGCGCCAAUGCCGUCUUCAGGAUCAGGGAGCCGAAGGAUCCCAGUGUCCCGGCAGGCUUCUUCCGCGGCACCCUGUUGCGUGUGCCCAAGGACACGCCCGACGUCGUGCCCUGCGAUUACGAGAGCCUGCGGGACUUCCGGGAGGACUUCGUCGACGUCCACGUCGGCCGCCAGCACGUCGUACCCCAGAUCCUCGUGCGGAUCACCCAAGUCGUCGCCACCGCCCUGAACGCCCGCCGCGACUACGCCCUGCGCGCCAAGGGCGUCAAGGGCGACACCAGCAUCAUCCUCCCCGGCUACGCCAUGCUCGUCGAAGACAUGGGGCCCACGCCAGACUGCAAGGCUCUCGAGUUCAAGCCAAAGUGGCUCGCCCAAUCCCCCAUGGCACCCUCGGACGCGACACGCUGCCGCACCUGCGCUAGGGAAGCCUUACGCGUGGGAAAGUUACGGAAGAAAGGGUUCCGCGCUAUCCCAACGCCCGUGUGUCCGCUCGGCCUCCUACACGCAGACCACGCCGUAGUAAUGAGCACGAUCGAGCGACUAACCCCAUCACCCACAUGGACAGACCAGGACCGCAAACGUCUCGCCAAAGCGUUCCGGGACAGCGGGGUUCUCGAGCGGCUGCGCGACCUGCAAGAAGAGGGGGACUCGGGGGACGCACUAUUCACGCGACCAUUCGACGCGCGCUUCGGACUGUCGAUGACGCUGCGCGACUGCUCGUGCUUCGUGCGGGUGCCGAUCGACCCUGACGCCCCCGUCACCAUCAAACUCGCCGACGUCGACAAGAAGAACUGGCGCCAGAAGCAGUCGUACUGGCAGCGCCGCCACAACGACCUCGUCGACGACGGCUGGUACCACGGCACCGAGAAGCCCCCCGUCGAGACCGCUUGUGUGCUUAGACUCGACUACUGUCUCGAACGGGGUCUCGAAGUUCCGUCUGUUUUCCGCGAGAGGUUGGAACGCUGAUUUUUUCUUUUUCCCUACCUACAUUCACACAUUCAUACAUACGUACCUAUUACGAGAGUUGAGAACUUGGCGCAGUGCAU